CCCUCCAGCGGACACAUCCAGCGCACACCGGAGCCAUCGGUCAUCCAUGGUCAGAGUUGGUCUCUCUGUGUUGCUUUGUUGCGCGGAUAAAAAAAAAACUAACAAAAGAAAAAACAGUAUUCGUCUUUCCUAACAAGAGCAACAAAAAAAAAUGUGGCUUAGUUUAAACUUUACUCAGUAGCUUCUGGAUUUCUUCCCGUGUGCCGCCGCCUGUGCUCGGUGAGGACGCAGCGAGGCGGUGCGUCCUGGAGGAGCAGCGCUGGAGAAAGUACGGCGUGGAGGAGAAGCAGCAGAAGAAGAAGAGUUCACCAAACGUUUUGAGGUUUAUUUAUCCGCUUUCAAGGGUCACCUCUACUGUGCCACUUUGGUCUGGGCUAAAGUGCAACAAGCACCUGCAGGGCCGCAUCACUGGCCCAAACCCUAUUACCGCAGCAUGGGCAACUUUUCCAGCAAGGACGGACAUGGACCCACAGGGGCCCAUUUGGAGAGUUUCCACACUCCGCCUACCACUCCACAGAGCGAUGGAGCUGGUGUCGUGCCCGCUGGUCUCCAGCUUCAAUCUCCCCCUGUGGUCCCAGUUUUACCUCCAUCAUCAGCCAUCACGCCCAGUGGAAAGAGAUCACAGCACAGCACGCCGAGCGCUCCCAGCACUCCCAUUCCCCCUCCUGAAUGGAGGCCUCCUCCACUGGCAAACAGCUUCACAAUUGGGCCUGCAGCGAGCCCAGUGCACAGCAAAUCAGGAAGUACGGUGGCGGCCAGAGGGCAAGCUGCUUUGGGGAGGAACGGUGGUCCUUCCAGCUCGACUCCAAGGUCUCUAGGCUCUCAGGGGAAGAGCGCGGCUGUCAGGCCUCUAAAAAGUCCUGCUUCUCAGUGGAGUGCCUCACCUGUGGCGGGCAGCUCCUCGCAACAGAACUGGAGGGAAAGCGACAGCGGUCUGAGUCAGUCUCUGCCGCCGGGUCAUGAACCGAAGGACAGCCAAGGCGAAGAACUGGAGAAGCUGCUGGAGGAGUGUAGGAGCACACUGGGCAUCACUGGCAGUCAGGACGGAGCCAUGAACACAGCAGAGAUUCUUAAGCAUCUGCUGACAGAAGUGAAGAGCUUGAAGAGUACUUUUCAGACAGAGCGUGGGGAAUGGCAGCAGUUCCAGGCCGACCUCCAGGUGGCCGUGACGGUGGCAGACCGCCUGAGAGCCGAGACAGAAGAAGAACUGACGGCGCUCAGAACGGCCCACAAAGACAUUGAAAGGGAGCUGGCGGCUGCACAGCAGAGACAAAAGGAGACUGACAUGCAGCUGGUCACCCUGAGAGGAGAGCUGAAGGAGAGCAGGCAGAGACUGGCAACUCUGACCCAGGCUCAAGACAAAACCGAAGCCCAGGUUCCAUGUCAGGACACAGAGAGGCCCAACGGAGAGUCCAACAACUCUGACAGCAAAGAAGGAACCCAGAGGGGCAGGGAGAGGGGGCUGUACAGGUUGGGACAAGAAGCAGUGGAAAGUAGGGGUAAGAAUGAAGUGACGAAGACUGUCGUCGGCGAGGAGGCGAGAACGGACUGUAAAGGUGUGGCGAAGCGUUAUCUGAGAAACGUGACCAAUGAGGAGAGGGGCGCGGAGGAGGUGCGAUCCGGUGAGACGCGAAGGACGUUACCUACAGAGAGGUCAAGAAACCUUUCCAGAUUACCUGCGUCCUCAGAUUCACCUACUGUGCAGAACGGAACCUUCCAGUCCAACACUGCUGCAACAAUUGGGCCGACAAACAAGAACUUGACGCAACUCAGAGGGCAAAGAAGUCUGGAUUGGCAAGAAACAAAGUCCAGCAAUGAUACAGGAAAACGCGAGGAGUCUCUAAACAAGUACAACUCAGCCCUCACUGAGUUACCACCCACCAAGUCCCAGGACGGUUUCAACCUGCUGCUGCGUCGCCAUGGAGGCUCCAAGAGAAACUCGCUGCUGCGCUGGUGUCAGAACCGAACCCAAGGCUACAAGAAUAUUGACAUUACCAACUUCAGCAGCAGCUGGGCCGAUGGUCUCGCCUUCUGUGCCGUCUACCACACCUACCUCCCCUCACACAUCCCUUACACCACCCUCAGUCCUGAGAGCAAGCGGGAGAAUCUCGGUCUGGCGUUCAAAACAGGAGAAACCGUUGGGAUUGCACAAUCUCUGACGGUAGAGGAGAUGCUGAGAGCUGGCGGUCCGGACUGGCAGAGGGUCCUGAGCUACGUGGAGAGCAUGUACCGACACUUUGAGAUGUGACAGCUGGAGGUACUGACAAACGGUCCCACAGUGGAUGUUUAAGGACUCGUUCAAGGAAACCACAAGUGUUCAUAACAAUGACUCCCUGAAUGCUACCUUUUUAGUGAGCGUGAGUUGUAAUCAAAAAGUUCUGAGACUUUGCCUUUAAAGAUAAAAAAAAAGCAUACUUGGUUUGAAUUUGGCAGUUGAAGCUAGUGCAGCGUUACAGAGCUCCUGGUGCUUCUGCAACGAUUGCAAUGCUUCCUGAACGUCACUUGAUGUAAACAACUGCGACAGAAUCUCCUAAAGUGUGUCGAAAUGGUGACGCUUUAGCUUGAAUGUAAUUUUUAAGGAAGAAGCGAAAGGGAGGCGAGUGAAGGCAGUUCAGAUCAUUUGUGCCAAAUGUUCUCCUACAGACUCCUCAGGAUGUUAGAGUAGAACUCUACCUUGGCAGUCUGACCCUGUGGGACUAAUUCUCUCUACACAGCCAUAUGAAUGUUAAAUAAAACACCUGGCGUGCUCCUGGUGUAACCCUGACCUGAUGUGCCUUGUCCUGUUCAACUGCAGCUUCUUCUUCCACCUGUAGUCACCACUCAUGAUCCUCCACAUCAAGUUAUCCUGGGUGUUAAAUGAUGCAGAAUGUGAUGAUUUCUUCCCCAGUUUGUGGUCCAAAAGUAGACACAGCUGAUUGUGAAGCACUUCACCAAGGUAGAAGAACGCUAUUUAAGUUUACAUGUUCCUCGUACGCGCUCCGUAAACGAACACCAGGGGACAGUCUUGGAACUUUUUGAUCGCCCCUCGUACAAGUUGAGUUGCUGUAAAUGUCUCCACACUGGUACUUCACUGGCAGAGAGUACUGUAUUACAUCAUGUUACCUUCAUGAAAUCUGAAAGCAGUCCUCAAGCUGCACAUGUUUCUUCUUUAUAUCUGCCAACACAUUUUGCCUUUUUAUAUGUGAUGCUUUGCAAGGCUUCGACAUGUUUUCCUGGAUGUUUUAGCACUCUGUAAAUAUGCACUUUUGUCAGCACUUUGUUGGUGUACGAAUGUAAUAGUGUACAGUACAGAUGUUGCAGAACUGCUGUCGUCUUGUAAGGGCUCACAUUCAGUAGCAAGGCUCCAGUUGAGGAUUCAUCCAGUUAAGUUUUCUCACAGAAGAUUCGAGGACAUUGUGGCUAAAAAGUGCCUUAUUAGAAGUGUGCCGGUGCUGUUUAGGUGCUCAGGGAUGUGGAGUAACAUAGAGCAAGAUUUUAAAAAAACAAGCCUAUACAAGCUUUCACAUCCAGUUUCAACAUCAUCUCACCUCACACCUGCAUCCUUACUGAUGCACAGCUGGUAUUGUUAGGACAUGUUUUAUAACUGACUCUUUUUUUUUCUUCUUCCAAAGUUGUACUUGCCAAAAAAUCAGACAGAUAUGCCUUACGUUGUAAAAUAUGUUUAUAUGUAACUAUUGUGAAAAGCCAAAGCAAUAAAGAGUUAAUAAAUAAUGAUAUAAAUA